AUUAAAUUUUAAUCCAUCAUGAGUCAUACCCUAUAUAAACAACAUGAAUAGUCUACAAUUUCCUUAUAUUCACCUUCAAUUAUUGUUAAUGACUGUAGAACCAGCUUUUGCAAUGGCUCCAGCAUCAUCAUUGGUAGCUAUUCAACGAUCGUCUUGGCAGUCACAAGUGCCUUACCUCUUCGCUGGCCUUGCUGCUAUGUUUGGUCUCAUUGCAAUUGCGGUCUUCAUCCUCGUUUGCUCCUUCUGGAACCUCUCGCACUACACAGACAAUAGGAUUGAUGGGGAAAGAGACCUCGAGCCUGGAAAUGGUGAUGAAGGCUCCACAAUUGAUAAUUACAACAAGGAGCCCCUAGUUGUAGAAGAGAAAUAUCUAGUAAUCAUGGCUGGAUUAGCAAACCCAACAUUUUUGGCUAUACCCACUUUGAGCAGGCCAAAAUCAAACACCAUGAGCAACUCAACGUCGUUGUCAAUGGAGAAAGCUUCAGCAUCCAUGGUGGAAAUGGUGGAGAAGCAGAACCAAGGCAGUAGUAAUCAGCAGCAAGUAAGGAACACAUACAACAACGAAACUGAAGAUCAGGCCCCUUAGUAUUUUAGAAGAAGAAAUUUCUUUUUAUUUGCUCUUGUGUUUACUUUUGAAUAACAGAAUGUACACUUAGCAAUGAAGAUUGAUUGGGAAACAUAAAAGUAUAGUUUUUGAAAA